AUGGGACUCCACCGAGAUGUCUCAGCUGAUGUUGUCCCAGUGACUCCCACCAACCAUUCUGAUGAGAAUGUUCAGACAAAGCCUCACAAGUGGUAUUACUACCUUUGGGAUACGCUGGAUAAGCCGAAGGAGGAAAGAUGGUUCAUGUUCAAGCUCGACGCCGCUUUGCUUACAUUUGCGUCUUUGGGUUAUUUUAUCAAAUAUCUUGACCAAACGAACAUCAACAGUGCGUUUGUAUCUGGAAUGAAGGAGGACCUAGGGCUUUAUGGCAAUCAACUCAAUUACAUGCAAACAUGCUGGACAGUGGGAUAUGUCAUUGGCGAGCUUCCAAGCAACAUUAUUUUGACCCGCAUCCGACCGUCGAUUUGGAUACCAACCAUGGAGCUCAUAUGGGCGGUGUUGACCUUUUGCCUCUGUCGCGCUGAGAAUGCUGAAACGAUAUAUGCCUUGCGCUUUCUCAUCGGACUCGCUGAGAGCACCUUUUACCCAGGUAUGCAAUACAUAAUCGGAUCCUGGUACCGAAAAGAGGAGUUAGCCAAGCGCUCCUGUAUCUUCCACACAAGUGGCGCAAUCGCAACAAUGUUCUCCGGCUAUCUGAUGGCCGCAGUAUACAAACUUGAUGGACGUGGAGGCUUCAGAGGCUGGCAAUGGCUAUUCAUCGUGGACGGAAUUAUCUCAUUGCCGAUUGCUAUUCUCGGAUACUUCGCGCUCCCCGAUCUCCCCGAGAUUUCCAAGCCUUUCUACCUGACCAAGGAGGAAGUCGUGUUCGCUCAACAGCGUAUGGAACGCGAAGGACGGCAAAAAAGACAGCCGUAUACCAGAGCCAAGGUCAAGAAAAUCUUCACUUCCUGGCACAUCUACGCUCUCGUUGCACUCUAUGUGUUCUUCAACAAUGGCACGUCUGGUGGACAACCGGUCUUUCAGCAGUUUCUCAAAGCGAGCAAGCACCCAAAGUAUACGGUUAGCCAAAUCAACACUUACCCGACAACCACCAACGCCGUACAAGUCGUCACCACCCUCCUGUACGCCUGGACAAGUGACAGUAUCCUAAAAGGAUCAAGAUGGCAACCCAUCGUCUUUGGAGGCUGUAUGAACAUCAUGUGUUCUACCAGUCUCGCAAUUUGGGAUAUCCCAAUCAAGUGGAAAUGGGCUUGCUACAUUCUUUCUGGCUUCGGUGGUGGCCUGUCCGGCUUAUGUUUCGCCUGGGCCCACGAGAUUUGCACUCACGACAACGAAGAACGCGCCAUUGUCGUCGCUUCCAUGAAUGAAAUGGCGUAUGUCUUGCAGGCAUGGCUGCCACUGCUCGUGUGGAAGCAGGUCGAGGCACCUCAGUACCGCAAGGGGUUCAUCACAGUCACGUGCUUGAGUGCUAUGUUGAUUGUGACAGCGCUUGCUAUUCGGGUACUACACGCGAAAGAGUUGAAGCAAAGACAGAAAGCUCAGGAUCUGGACCAUAUCUCGCAAGGUAGUGCUAGCGGAGUGGAAGUGGCGUCUGAUGUUGAAGUGGACACUGGUUUUAAAAAAGUACCUUGA